AGAAAAAAUAAUAAAUAUAAUAGAGGACAGUGAAAGUCGAAAUCGGCUGAUUUCACGUCCAUUUUCUUUUUCUACAUCUCCUUCGUCUCCGUUCGGAUCCCUCUAUAAUCCUAUUCCAAGAGAGACUGAGCGGAAGGGAGAAAGAUGCUGGGGGUUUUGAGGCAAAAGGUUGGUGCCGGAGGGUCUUCUCUUCUGAUUUUGGGACAGUCCUUACAGAGGACUCGUUCUGCUGCGUCGGCGUUGAGGAGUUACUCAUCAGCAGCGAAAGAGAUGACGGUGAGAGACGCUCUAAACUCUGCACUUGAUGAGGAAAUGUCUGCUGAUCCUAAAGUAUUUUUGAUGGGUGAAGAGGUUGGGGAAUAUCAAGGUGCAUACAAGAUAUCCAAAGGGCUUUUGGACAAGUAUGGUCCUGAGAGGGUUCUUGAUACACCAAUUACGGAGGCUGGGUUUACAGGGAUUGGAGUUGGUGCUGCUUACUAUGGUCUGCGGCCUAUUGUAGAGUUUAUGACAUUUAACUUCUCUAUGCAGGCAAUUGACCACAUCAUUAAUUCUGCUGCAAAAUCAAACUAUAUGUCUGCUGGCCAGAUAUCUGUGCCUAUAGUUUUUAGAGGGCCUAAUGGUGCUGCUGCUGGAGUUGGUGCCCAGCACUCUCAUUGUUAUGCUGCAUGGUAUGCCUCCUGCCCUGGGUUGAAAGUGUUGACCCCAUACUCAUCUGAAGAUGCUCGUGGACUGCUAAAGGCUGCAAUAAGGGAUCCUGAUCCUGUUAUUUUCCUUGAAAAUGAGCUGUUAUAUGGUGAGUCAUUCCCUGUUUCAGCUGAAGUUCUUGAUUCCAGUUUUUGCCUCCCAAUAGGAAAAGCUAAGAUUGAGAGAGAAGGAAAGGAUGUGACUAUUACUGCUUUUUCAAAAAUGGUGGGCUACGCUCUCAAGGCGGCUGAGAUACUUGCAAAGGAAGGUAUCAGUGCUGAGGUUAUAAAUUUGCGCUCAAUUCGGCCGCUAGACAGAUCGACAAUUAAUGCUUCUGUAAGGAAAACCAGCAGACUGAUAACAGUUGAAGAAGGAUUUCCUCAGCAUGGUGUUGGAGCCGAAAUCUGCACAUCUGUUAUUGAGGAGAGCUUUGGUUAUCUUGAUGCACCGGUUGAGAGAAUUAGUGGGGCUGAUGUUCCAAUGCCUUAUGCAGCCAAUCUUGAGAGGAUGGCUGUACCACAGGUUGAAGACAUUGUUCGUGCAGCAAAGAGAGCAUGCUACAGGUCUGUAACGUUGGCUGCAGCUGCUUAAUUCUACCAAUUUCGUCCAAAAACUGUUCCAAAUCCAGGUGAUUGUUAAAUUGGUGGCUGCUUAUGUUUCGGGUUUUGAAGUUAUCGCCCAUAGCUGAUGAGUUUCAUGAUUUGUUAAAUGACUUGACUUCAGUUUAGAUAACCUCUGAUAAAUGCGAAUAACUGCUGAAUUUUCAGGAGAGAUAGAGAUUGUACAUUUUUUUUUCUUUCACUUCUCAUAACAUGGGGAAGAAGUUGCUUGUUAAAAUAACCUGGAGAACAAUGACUCAGAGGUUGGAAAUUUUGUGACUCUUUGUUGUCGUUUUUAUUUGGCAGUUGAUGUGGUACUUUUGGAAGCCUUAUUUCAAAGGUACUUUAUUUGGCUUUUGUAUUCA